AUGGCACGCGCGACUGCCUCACCUGAACGCCGCCCAGAGCGCCGCCCACCCCGACCGCGUGGCCGUAACGGCGAACCUCCCAAGAAGAGAUUUCGAUACGUUCCAGGCGGCCCGGGUGGCGGUGGGAGAUACGUCGAUCCAGACACGGGUCACGAAAUUGCAGUUGGUGGCACAGGACCAGGCGGAUACGCCUAUAGCGGGCCCCGAGGACGGAUCGGGCGCGAGAAUGCUGCCAACGGCGUUAUACCUCCUACUCCAGCCCCACCAUCAAGACCCCAGACUGCCGUGCGAGAUAGGCCGCGCCGCGAACGGCCGGAGAGAACGCCUGCGCUGCCCAGAUACAACUCCACAGCGGCGCAAGCAGUGUCGGUUGCGCAGAGUGAUGGAUACAAACCUAGGGAGGAGCGUGGAUGGGAGGAGUUCCAUCAGGAUCUGGACAUUGAUGCGGAUUUUAUGGUCUUCAGUGCCGCGGAGGUGGAUGGAAUCGCUUCGCCUGAGCUCAAGCCUGCGUACCUUGGCCAGGAUCUAGGGGAGCAUGGUCAAGCAUUGGAGAAUGGCGCAUCUUCACUUGUGGACGAACCUGCGCCGCCAUAUGCACACCAAGGCUCGCCAGAGCUUCUCCGUCAAGCGUCGACCGCGUCUCUGCCGAAUGGCGACACGAUCAAUCUGAAUGGCGUUAAUGGAGCUCUCACAACGCCGCUUAAAAGGAGACCCGGGCGGCCGGCGCGCCGGGGAGAAUCUAUGCUUGCUGGCCUGGGUUCGCCUCCCGUGCAGAGGAUCCGUCCUUUGCCUUCCCAGAAUCCGAAGGAGAAGCUCAACUUACCCAAGCCGGUCUACCGCAGAGUCGAUACGUUCACAUCCUACGAGCAGGAUCAGAAGGUCCAGGUUAAUUACGUAGACAAGUCCCUAGCGAAUGUUGGGUAUCAGGAGAGCGACAUCUACGUGCGACCCGAAAAGACUCUGAUCCGGCUAGCUGAAGGCUCGAUUGAGGAAGACCUUGAUCUGGCCAUGGCGUUGAAGUCUGAUGGCGAUCUUGCAGCUCCAGGUCUGGGUGUGGGCCGAGUUGAGUAUGACAUGGACGAGCAGGACGACCGAUGGCUGGAAGCGUAUAAUGAACACAGAAAGGAAGAGCAAGUUGAUGCGAUCAAGCCUGCAUUGUUCGAAAUCACCAUGACACUGAUUGAGAAGGAGUGGCAUGCUCUCGAAAAGCGUAUACCAAAGCCGAACCCGAAACCUCCACAGACACACCGACCGCGCUCGAGCUCUGCGGCAGCCGUCAAUGGUGAACCAGCGGGUGCGGGCGAAGAACAAGACACAAAAUGUGCUAUUUGCGACGACGGAGACUGCGAAAACACGAACGCCAUCGUCUUUUGCGACGGUUGCGAUUUGGCGGUGCACCAAGAGUGCUAUGGGGUUCCGUUCAUCCCGGAGGGUCAGUGGCUCUGCCGCAAGUGCCAGCUGAUAGGCCGAGGAACGCCCACGUGCAUCUUCUGUCCAAAUGUCGACGGCGCUUUCAAGCAGACGAACACAUCGAGGUGGUCACACCUGUUGUGCGCGAUAUGGAUUCCAGAAGUCACUCUCGGCAACACCACGUUCAUGGAGCCAGUCAUGGAUGUAGAGAAAGUACCGAGGCAACGAUGGAAGUUGACCUGCUACAUCUGCCACCAGAAAAUGGGAGCCUGUAUCCAGUGCGGCAACAAGAACUGCUACCAAGCCUUCCACGUCACAUGUGCGCGACGAGCAAAGCUAUUUCUCAAGAUGAAGUCCAGCCACAAUGGCUCUUCAAUCAUGGAUGCCAGUGUGCUUAAAGCAUUUUGUGAUAAGCACUGCCCGACUGACUGGAGAAAGGAGCACGAUGUAGCUACAGCGAUCGAAGAAGCCAAGGAUUGGUAUCGUGCCAACAUGAGGGGAAGACGGUGGGCGGACAGUCAGCAAUCCGCGCUGGCACUCACACCUCAACAACUAGCGCCAUCAUACGAUCUUGUUACCGUCAACGGUCUGCAGGAUGAUUCCAUGACGACCGCCAACAACAAGCGCAAGCGAACAGGGCCUCCGAAGGGGAUGUGGAGGUUGCCUUCCGGCGCUCCUAUCGUACCUCAAGCCGUGUUCCACAACGUCGAGAACUCACUCAUCCGGUUCGCGAUUCGAAAGCGGAAGGAGUUCGUCGCAGAAGCCUGCAAGUACUGGACCUUGAAGAGGGAAGCUCGCCGGGGUGCCGCUCUGCUCAAACGCCUUCAACUUCAGAUGGAGACGUUUACAUCUAUGGAGAUCACCAGGCGUAACUAUGUAGGCAUGGGUGCAGCCGGACGACCCAGACUACAUAGACGCAUCGAGUUCGCCGAGAGGCUCGAAGAUGAUAUGGAGCAGAUACGCGUGCUUUGCCAGAGAAUCAAAGAAAGAGAGGCGGAGAAGCUCCGCGAUGUGGAGCUCUUGCGCGAGCUCAUCGACACGAUCUACUUCCCUAUCCCCCCUCUACUAUGGCCGGCGCUCGAGCGGGCCCAAACGCUAGACAACAAAGGCUUCUUUAGGGAGGGACUGGAUACCAUGCAAGCUAAGCUUGAGGAACGUCAUUACGCUUCGGUCUCACAGUUUGCCGAGGAGCUGGUUGCUGUAUUAAGCACUGUAGUCGCUCGGGCCCCUACUACCACGGAGCUUGCCGCGGCGCCGCUCAGUAGCGAAGGUCCUACCAGCAGUGCGCUCUCAGCCGACCAGAAGGACAAGAGGAAACUGGCCAAGCGCAUCCUCAAGGCUGCAAAAAUGCACCUAGAGAUCGCCAUUAGGAAAGAGUCUGACCUCGUGCGACAGCCAUUGCAUCUGCCUGAUCUUGACGCCCUCAUGGAUGCAAGUAUCCGCUCAGAACAAGAGUCAAUUCUACCUGCCUCACACGACGGAUUCUUUGCGGCCGAUGGUGAGGGGCGACAGAACAACGAGAUGGAAGCGGAUCCGACUCUGCAGGAGGGCAUCCCAAUCGACCCUAACCUCUUCCUACCUGCAGACAUACUGUUACAGCCGGCCGCCAACAACGCCUCCGUAUCCGCCGACGAAACGACCGACAACGCCGUAAUCCGCCUCCAGCUUCAGCCCCACGACCCUAGCUCCACCAUCCCCAUCGGCAACGCCAACCCCAUCCCCUCCGACCUAAUCGACCCUGCCCUUACUUCCACGUCCACCGACCAGCCAUCGACAAAACACCAAGCCCCGCUUACCCCUCCGCGCUCGGAGAAAGACCCCUCCCCGCUGGCGGGCGGCGGCAUACCCUGGUACCUCGAAGUCUUCGACCCGGCGGGCACGACUGUGUACGAGGAGCGCUGGACCGGGCGGGAGGUGCUGAGGGGUAUGAGCGAGGAGCUGAGCGAGAUGGGGGAUGAGGAGCUGGAUGGGAUGGGCGAGGAGGAAGAGAUGAGUAUGGGCGAGAUGGCGGCGACUAGCGCGGCGGCUAGUGUGGCUGAGCCGGCGGCGGUUAGGGAAGAGACGCCGGUUGCGGAGGAAGCGGCCGUUGUGAGGAAGGGAAAGGGGUGGCGGAAGGGAAUGAAGGGGACGGGCAGGAGGAGGUGA